CAUCCGGUGUUUCUCAAGGGGCAUUUAAGUGUCCCUUUCAAAAACUUCGCUCUCUCCCUUUACUCCAUAGGGGAGGAGGGUUGUGGUUUUUUUUGCCUCUUCUUUCGUUCUGAAUUUUCAAGACUUCUUUCCCUUUUGGCAAAGCUCCAGAGUGGCAAAGGGAGGGGAAGAAACCAUCUGAAUUCUCGGCAGCGAAGGAAAAAAAAAAUGUUUGAAAAACAAGAACCUUUCAGACCCUUGUUAAAAAAAAAAAAAAAGAACUUUGUAAAGUGGGAGGCAAGGGAGCUUGCGGGCAAGACCUUUCAUUAGGCCGACGGCCUGCCAGGGAGAGACCUGGGCAAGCUUUCGAAUGUGGGUGAAGAACGCACUGCAGAGAUCAGAGACGAUGUGGGUUGGAAGGGACCUCAGGGGUCACAUCUAGUUCAACACCCUGCUCCAAGCAGGACCAGCCCCAACUACAUCAUGCCGCCAAUGCUUUGUCUAGCCAGGUCUUAAACACCUCCAAGGAUGGAGAUUGCACCACCUUGAGUAACCUCCAGUGUUUCAUCACCCUGCUAGUGAGGAAGUUUUUUCCUAAUAUCUAACCUCAACUUCCCUUGCUGCAACUUGAGCCCAUUGCUCCUUGUUCUCUCAUUUGCCCCCACUGCGAACAGCCCAGCUCCAUCCUCUUCAGAUGGAGGGAGUUAAAGGCUGCUAUCAAAUCCCCUCCUUGGUCUUCUCUUCUCCAGACUAAAUCAGCCCAGUUCCCCCAUCCUGUCCUCACAAGUCAUGCCCCCCAGCCCCAAACCAUUUUCAUUACCGUCCACCUUUCUGUAGUGGGGGGUCCAAAACAGGACACAGGACUCCAGAUGUGGCCUGACCAGUGCUGAAUAGAGGGGAAGAAUCACUUCCCUCCACCUGCUGACAACACUCCUACUAAUGCAGCUGAAUAUGCCAUUACCCUUCUUGGCAAAAAGGGCACACUGCUGGCUCAUAUUCAUCUUCUUGCCCACUGUCACCCCCAGGUCCUUUUCUGCAGAGCUCCUGCCCAGCCAGUGAGCCCCCAGCCUGUACCGAUGCGUGGGAUUGCUCCAUCCUAAGUGCAGGACUUUGCCCUUGUCCUCGUUGAACCUCAUGAGAUUUCUUUUGGCCCAGUCUUCCUCACCUCUUGCUUCUUUUCUGGACCAUCCCGCCUGCAACAUCACUCCAACACCACUGCAGGGUUUUUUUUAAUGACUUUAUUUGCCGGGGAGAGAAGGAAGCGAAGGUUUUUGCCUGGUUCCAGCUGUGAAUAACAGGAUGACCUAUCUCGGAGGAAGAUCUAAGGGCAGGGAGCAGGAAACACCACCCAGGAGAGCCUUGUUAAUUCUGCAAAGGGAUGGGACAAGACAGCGGCUGUUUUGUAAGGCAACGUGUUGCAAUCGAAAUAGAACAAAAUCUCUCUUCACGCAGCUGAGACUCCAAAUUCGCAUGUCCCACUACCCCUCACGUGCGUGUUUUACACAGGCUUGUCUUUUCACUGGAGGCUCUUGAAAGCAGGGAUCCCAGCCUGAACCAGCUGAAAAACCCCACUGAAUUGCUGUUGUCCUCUUUAAACAUCAUGCCUUCUGCCAGCCUGGACGUCACAGCUCCGGUAGGAAUCAGUAUGUGCACCGUGCCCCAUCUGUGCGAGGAGGGUGACCCGUCCGGGUGGCAUUAGCAGCCCAGUGCAUGGGACAGGACAGCUCUGAGCUCCUGUGUUCGCUUCCCAGCUUUGCCCUGGACCUGCUGGUGCUUCACUCAGUGCUGGAGGGGUCUGCAGCUGUGCAACAACUUGCCUCCCCAGCUCCCGAGCCAGUUCAGGGACCCUCCAUGCUUUAUUGAGGUCCUUUCUGCGAGUCCAUGAAGGCACAGAGCUGCCUGGCUUAGAGCUUCACCUCUUCCUAGGUGCCUUGACCUCCGCUGGGCACAGGCCCCAUGGGUCCUCCAUGAACAGAGUUGGACCUGGUCCCAUCUCCCCAUCCCCUAUUCCCCCACCAGUUAAAUCCCACCCCCAGCCAUGGUGUUAAUUAGGAUGCUGCUGCAUCCUCUGCACGAAUCCUACAGCAAAGGCAUCGUCUUGUCCGUCUCUCCAGUAAGAGAUGGACAUCGUCCUGUCCGUGUCUCAGUGAUGGUGCCUGGUUCUGUCACGGGCACCCACACCUGUUUCCGCAUCGGUGGCAACGAUGAGCCGUUAGGCUCUUGGCCUGGCGCAGGGGUCUCAGCUGGGCUGCCGUGCUCUUGUGAGACAGGCACCAAGUUUUCCCACUAUUCAUUUCAGGAAAAAUAAGAUGGGCAGGAUCUCAACCAAGCCGUGACCUUGAACCUACACCUGGGGUGAGCACAGCAGCCCUCAACAACACUGAAAUCUCAGCUCCGGCAGCGUCGGCAGAGAGGCCCUUUCUUCCCCCACCUCCGCCAAUGGGCUGGAGCCGGCGGGGCCCGAGCGCUUGGCUGCCGUCCACCGGCACUGCCAAGGAAUGUGGGAAAGGGGAAAAAUAACACAGUGCAGCGAGCGCGGGCGAUGCAGCCAGCUCCGGGCGCCGGGAGGACACCAGGAGGCCGUGGCGCGGGCUGGGGACCCCCAUCCACCCCCCAGGCCAUGGAGCGCCGGCCGUCGUGGCAGUUUGCCUAGCAAGGGCCCACAGCAAAGACCCCGUCGGCGGGGAGCGAGACCCCCGGGGAUCCAGUCCUGCUCUCCUGCUGACUGCUUUUCAUCCCUCUCCCUGGCCCAAAAAUGCUGACGAUCAAGUUGCCCCAGAUCUUCAGGGUUCACCAAGUCCCUCGUAUCUUUUGGGAGGAUGGCAUCAUGUCGGGGUACCGGCACCCCAAGAGCUCGGCCUUGGACUGUAUCCUCAGCUCCUUCCAGAUGACCAAUGAGACGGUCAACAUCUGGACCCACUUCCUGCCCACCUGGUACUUCGUGUGGCGGUUCCUGGCGCUCUCGUCCUCACUGGACUUCUGCCAGGAUGCCUACCACUGGCCCUUCCUCGUCUACCUGCUGCUGGUCUGCCUGUACCCCUUCACCUCCAGCUGUGCCCACACCUUCAGCACCAUGUCCCCCCGCGCCCGCCACAUCUGCUACUUCCUCGACUACGGGGCGCUCAGCCUCUACAGCCUGGGCUGCGCAUUCACGUACGGCGCCUACGCCAUGCCGGAUGCCUGGGUGAACAGCGCCUUCCACCACUGCUUCGUGCCCGUGGCCGCGCUCAACUCCUUCGUCUGCACCACGCUGUCCUGCUACUCCCGCUUCCUGGAGCUGGAGUUCCCACGGCUCAGCAAGGCGCUGCGCACGACGGCCUUUGUCUACCCCUUUGUCUACGACAAUGUCCCACUCUUCUACCGGCUCCUGUUCUGCUUCGGGGAUGACCGCGCCUGGACCGAGGCUGUGGCCGGCUACUGCUACCACCUCUUCUUCGCCCUCCUCACCGGCUUCCUCUUCGCCUCCCACCUGCCAGAGCGCCUGGCACCCGGGCGCUUUGACUACAUCGGGCACAGCCACCAGCUGUUCCACAUCUGUGCCGUGGUGGGCACCCACUUCCAGCUGGAGGCCGUGUUGGCCGACGUCUGCGGGCGCCAGGCCUGGCUGGGGGCCCGCGCGCCUGCACCCACCUUUGCCCACACCUUUGGCACCGUGGGGGCAGCCGCCCUGGGCAAUGGCGCCAUCAUCGCUGCCUUCACGGCCGCCCUGCUCCGUGUGCCCGCCGCAGCCCCACUCCUGCAGGGCUCCAUGCCCGAUGGGACCCAGCCCAAGGAGCAGUGACGCAGCCCCCAGCCCGCAGGACAGAGCGUGGGGUGGGAGCAACUUGCACCCAGGACCGGCAGCCGCAUGUGGAGUGGAGACCCCAGGCGUCCUGA